AUGGAAGGCAAAAGCGCAGAAUAUGUACAACUCCCAGGAGGCUAUCCCAACAGUAAGCAGCCAUCCAGGUCGUGGCCAAGCUUCGUGUUUGGCUUCCUACUCUGCUUCUGUCUGCUUCAGAUGCCGUGGCCGUGGGCUGGUGUGGAAGAGCAGAUGCCAGAGAGGAACAGCACCCAAGCAGAUGACGCUGUCGUGGAAGUCAUCGCUCCUGCUGGGACGUUCGUUGGAGCAUCUGACGGGUCUAUGCAUGGACACCUGGGCAUCCAAUAUGCUCGCGCAGGCCGCUGGGAAGUUCCAAAGCCGGCAAGCGACGGCUCCUCGGGUUGGUUCAAUGCCUCGCACUUUGGGGCAACCUGUCCACGCCCUGGCAUGCCAACGAACAUGGAAGAAGACUGCCUGACCCUGAAUGUGUACGCACCAGUCCCUGCACGCGGUGACAGGAAGGAGAAGCAUGCGGUCAUGGUGUUCCUACAUGGAGGCAGCUUUCUGUUUGGAUCUGCAACGGAUCUGAAGAAGGAGACUCUGAGGGAGCUAGUGCUCGGCAAUGGAAUCGUGGUCGUCACGGUGGAGUACCGGCUCGGCGUUUUCGGCUUCCUCGGCAGCCGCCGUCUGCAGCGACAGCAGGGCCAGCAGGGCAUAGGCAAUUUUGGCAUCCUGGACCAACAGCUGGCCUUGCAGUGGGUGCAACGUAACAUCGAGGCCUUCGGCGGCGACCCAUCACGAGUGGGGCUGGUGGGCUGGUCUGCAGGCUCAGCAUCCGUCAGUGUUCACCUGGCCAUGCCAAGCAGCCGAGGACUCUUUAGCCGCGGCAUCAUGCUCAGCGGAGGCUUUGCAGAUUGGGGCUCCCAAACUGCAAGUGCUUGUGAGAGGAGCUACGAGACCUUCCUCAACGCCACCAAAUGCGCCAAAGAAGCUGAAUGCUGGGAGGAUGGUGCGCCAUGCAGUCUGAUGAAGAUGGACAUGGAAGAACUGCUGGAAGCGCAGAGCGCCAGCCAAUUCUUCGCAGCACCAACCAUAGAUGGCGUAACCCUGCCACACUCGCCUAUGGAUGCGCUGAAGCAAAAGAAGGUGCACAAGGAUGUGCCUAUCAUCAUAGGCACUGCCAUCGAAGAUUCCUUCGUUGACAUCGGGGCUGAUGCCAAGAUGGAGGACUUCGAGAUUUGGUUGGAGUCAGUUCUGCCGAAGUGGCAAGUUCCCAGUGUUGUCAAGAUCUACUAG